UAGGUAACAGGCUGCUGUCCCUCUCCGCCCUUCAUGGGACGGUCGUGUGUGCCGCAAAGUUAGGCUCCGCUGUAGCUCCACUUUUUUUCAACUUUGUUCAUUUGUUGAUUGUAAACUCAACGUGGUUUCGUUUUGGGGGCGCGCGAAAGUAUUUCACUUGGUGAGACGUUUAGGGCUCGGACGGGAAUAAUAUCAAUAACUCUCCGAAAAUGACUGAUGGAUAAAUGCUCGCGCAAUAUGCUUCACUAUAAUAUCGUACCAGAGUUUUUGUAAUUAAACUCCCGUAGGUGAUGCAAGCGACUUUUUAAGGCGACUGAGUUUGAUUCCUUCUGGAAUAGACUGACCGUCCCAUGCAAGCGACUCGCGUGCCAGGCUGCACUCUACCCCGAGGACAGUGCCCUAGGCUCGGGGAUUAGAUGGUGCUGAUCACGGACGACAGGGAUGGAGGAGGCGCUUCGUCGGUCCGGGUCAAACAGCUCCAGCAGCAGCAGAAAGUCGGGGGGAACAUCACCCAAAUUCAGCCGACCAUAGUCGAGGAGUCCAACGAUGACGACUACCUAGGCUCGUGCGAAGAGGACGAUGAAGGGGACGAAGGAGAGACAGACGAUGAUGAAUUCGAAGAAGUUGACUUUGAGGACUUGGAGGAUUGUCGGAGCAUCGUCUCGGACGACUCCUUCUACCCGCCGGAUGAUGUGUUCGCGGACUCGGAGAGCACCCCGUCACCGGAAAGCCCAAAACCGCUGUCUUUUUUCCAGGCGUGCUGCACCAACAACUCCACUAUCGUCCGGAUAAUGAUACGGCAUGGAGUGGCGAAGGAGGAGGUCAAUGAGAAGGACAGGAAUAACAGGACCGGGCUGUUGGUUGCAUGUUACCAAGGUUUCGUGGACGUCGUCAUAGCGCUGUCUCAGUGUCCGCAUAUAGAUGUCAACUGGCAAGACAGCGAGGGAAACACAGCUCUCAUCACUGCUGCUCAAGCAGGCCACAUAACAAUCACCAAUUAUCUGCUGAACUACUACUCUGGGUUGGACAUCGAGAGGAGAAACUGCCACGGCUUCACCGCUCUGAUGAAAGCUGCCAUGCAGGGCAGAGUGGAAUGUGUGCGCUCGCUCAUGAUGGCAGGAGCUGCCCUGAAUGCCAGGGACUUUGGACGCAACUUUACUGCCAGGGAAUGGGCCUUCUUUACGGGCCGUUAUGAAACUGCCUGGGUGAUGUUGUGCCUGAUAGAACAGCCCUGCCCGCGCCAGUACUGUGAUACAUUCAGUCUAGAGUGGCCUCCACUGGCAUCACUGGUGGCCAAAGCCCAGGAGCCCCGUGGCUGUCUGAAGCGCCUGUCGGACACUGUGCGGAACGUCUUCAACAUAGCGAAUGUCACCAACCCUGAGGCUGAAGGUGUUAUCGACCACAUGGUUUCUAUAACAACUGCUUUGAGGAGCCCUUUCAUUGCCGUGGCAUGCCAUACAGUGUGUCCUGACAGCCCCCCAAGUGUGGGCAAACGGCGCUAUGCAGUUCCUGAGGUAAUCCGCCAGCAGCGCGCCAAGGAGCUCCGCUCUGUUAACCCUGGCAGGGUGGAGACCCACCUCAAACUCUUCCAGAACUCUCGGGUCACACUGGUGGCCAAGAACUCAGCAGACCGCCGGGCCAGCCUUCAGGUCCCGGGCCUGAGCAUGGUGGCUCAAACCAAAACCAUGGAGCUGCGGAGAACCAGCCUGCUGCCCAUGCACAUGGUGCUGAGAAGGAGCAGCGUCAGGCCUGGGUUCAGCAUCCCCAAAGUGAGGGUGUCCAAAGCCCCCACGCCCACUUACGAACCAGAAAAGAUCCGGAGGAAGAGCAGCGCCAAAGAUGGAAGCGGACACCUGCUGCAAAUACCAAAGUGGCGUUACAAGGAGCUAAAAGAAGAAAGGAGGAAAGCCGAGGAGGCUGAGAGGAGGAGGCUGGAGGCUGUAACCAAGAGACACCUUGCUGCCGGGAACAGAAAAUAACAUCAUUGCCUCAGAGGAUGCCAUGCACUCUAUCCUAAAAAGAGACUAAAUCUGGACUAGGGGUGUCCCCGACUAAGAAUUUACAGAAUCGUCUUGUCUAUCGUCGACUCGGGGGGGGGAUCAUGCUGCAGUCUCAUGGCAGUUUGUGAAAUCGUCACGCUAUUUAACCUAUUGAUUCAUGUAGAGAUCACGUUAAUGUCGUUAUUUUUGUGUGUUGAUUACGAAUUUUAAAGUAAUGUAUUUCAAUGGGAAGCCUAUUGUGAUCACAGAACAGUUACGGUAGGGAGUAGUAUUGAAAAGCCAAAAAUCCCAUUUCUUAUUUCUUUUCACAUUUUCAUUUACAGCAUUAUAUGUUGAUAUUUAUAUCAUUAUAUUGAACUGAUUGAGAGAAAAAGGGUAAUUCUAUGUUAAAUUUGACUGAAUGAGCACCCCCACAUAACCCCAUUCAUAACGCCUUUCCAAAGAUUCACCUGUGAGAUUAGCAGUCGAAUCAGGCUGCUUUGAUCAAAGCAUUGAAUAUUCGACGAUUCGGGGUCACCCCUAAUCUGGUCCGAUUGGACUGGCUUGGUUUUAAUGCUUUUUACAAUAUAUACGUCACUGUAUAAGCAGCGAAGAAGAAUGCUUUUAUCUGCUCAGUUUUGCAUCUGGAAUGGAGGUCAGCCUUUUAAAGACGGCUGGCGGAGCAACAUUAGAAGUGCACAAUGCAACAUUAGAAGUGCACAAUGCUCAGUGUCCUUUAGGAUGUCAAACAGUGAUUUGAUACUUGAAAUAUUUUUGGCUAACUUAUUUUUCAUAUUUAUUGCUUUUUGAUGGAUGGCCUAGUCUAUAUUUUGUUACAUUUUGGGUGCUCAAAGCAGCAGUGUUUUGUAGUGUGUUACACUGUAUUGGAGCAGAAGACACAAAUGUAUUCCCUCAGACUGUAACCGCAGCAGACAUUUGUUCAUCUUUCUUCCUAUAAAACAGUAAGCAGCUUCUAAAAGAUGUAGUUGAAUAAUGUCUUUAAAAUGUUACGUGGAGAAUACUAAUGGGUGAGUCAUGUUGACUGACAAAGCUACACCUAAGUUUAUAUGAAAACUAAUGGCAUUUGACAGCAAUAUUUUGAGAUGCUUUUUGUUACGCUUUCUAAUGGAAAUCCAUGAAUGUAUUUUGCAUAUAUAUUUUAUAUUAGAGAUUCUAAUGCUUUUUAUUGACAUGCUUUAUUUUUAUUCAAUAUAGACUUUUUCAAAUAAUGCUAUUUAUAUAUAAACAACCUAUUUAUACACAAACAACCAUGUUGUUUAGUCUUAAAGUUGGAGUUUGAAUACUGAAAAGUGGAGCACUGUUGUGAUGUAACACUUAAAUCUCACCUUGUGGGAAUAAAGUUCAAACUUUGUCCAAAUGUUUACAUUGCAAAUUCACAUUCAUUGCUAAGAAUGCGACUCUAAGAUUGAAUGUGGUGUAUACAGGGUAGAGAUGAUGUGAAAAAAUAAAUAUACUUUUUCUAACUGUG